AUGCUGAUCUUCCAACAUGAAAACCAGUCGUCGCCACCUUCAAUAUCUGACAAUGGAAAGUUGAGACUAGCAACAACGUCUGACCUACUUCUAUGUCUGGAAGAUCUCCUACCGUUAACCGAAGAAGCAAACAGCUUAGUGCCUGAAGUGGACAUGAUCGUUCUUGAUGGCGCAGCAAUAGUCAACAUGCUUAAACCUGUCAGGUCCUAUUUAUUUGCUGAUUAUGUAAAAGAGUUUAGCCUACAUAAGAAGUCACUUCGCGAAAUCUGCAGGAAGAGGAAAGCGUACAGCAUGGUCAGUGUAGAAUAA